CGCAGGCUACCGCAUUCUCCGCAGUUGGAAAAGCAAAGACAAGACGUCAACACCCGACAUCCAGCUAUUUAGGCUAUAUUUCUUUCAUUCUGCCCCUGACGCGCUGAUACUCUCUCCCUAUAAUAUUUUUAUAUUAACUAACACAGCACUGGACGUACUGUACAUACAUACGACAUCCGACAGUCACCAUGUGCUGCUCACCAGACUGCUUCCUCGCAUUCAUCGCCGUCCUCUUCCCUCCUAUCGCUGUCUGGGUAAAAGUCGGUAUCUGCUCCGCCGACUCCCUCAUCAACGUCGCCCUACUCAUCCUCGGCUACGUCCCCGGCCUCCUACACGCUUGGUACAUAAUCCUAAAAUAUCCAGAAGACGAUAGUGACUAUCCAGACGGCUACCAGCCCAUCGUGGGCGCAAGCGGGCAACGCAAUGACACAGAGGGCGGACGAGUAACAUACUACUAUGUAUCACAUCAGCCACCACGACAACAACCGCCAUCAGCCCCUCACGCUGGUCCUCACAGAUCCUACGGAACAACAGCACCUGCCGUUGAUCCGGCAACAAGACCACAGCAGCCGCCUCAUCCUUCUGCGCCUGGAGAAAAUGUUGCCGGGGAGGCGAGUAGCAGCGACCAACAUGUUCGCGCACCACCCACGUACGCGGAAGCCGUGAAGGGCGACCAUAAGAUUCAGACUCCGGACUGAAGGGAUGAAUGGCUCGUUAAUUGAUUAGUUUUACCAUGUGAUUAUGAUGAUGAUGACUACAACGGCGAUGAUCAUCGCAGAUAUUAACAACACACCGGGGGGGGGUGUUAAAGUAACUCUGCCUCGUAAAUCUCCUUACUCCACUGAUUCAUCCAGUCGACGGGACAGACGAUAAAGUUCUCUCACCUCCCUACGCCAACAACCGUUUUUAAUAUCCCCUUCUUCCCCCUACUCGCGGUCUGUCCGCCGCUAUCCGGGCUCUCUCUUUU